AUGAAAGAAGCGGUCAAGACUAGUGAAGCUGCGCUUGCCAGUCUGCAGGAGGCACGCGACCUCCACAAGAGCGAGGUUGCAAAGUUGACUGUCCAACUCACGACCAAGGAUGCUAAACUACAAGCGAAGGGUGCCAAGUUUGCGAAGAAGGAUGCCAAGCUGGGUAAUCUAAAGGGCUCCAUGGACAAACGGGUUAAACGUGCCCCCUGCAAGCAAUACUUCAUUAUCGACAGCAACUGCACCAGGGCUCAGGCUGUGGCUGGGGGUUAUACCAGCAGAUGGGAUGGCUCUGCACUUGUCAAAGGGAUACCCGACCUUGAAGGUUGGACGAACGAUCCCAAGAUCCUCAAGAAUCAUCCUUGCGCUUAUUCCCGCCGUGAGCCCGUAGGCAGAAGCCGUAUUAGAGACACCAUCCCCAUCGGUAUUUCUGGGAAAAGAGUGGAGCACAGAGAAUGUAAUAAAGAUAACUUCCCUUACUCUUUUAAGCUGGAUUUAGAAAGGGACAAAGGAUUAGCAGCAGUGCUUUGUUUCGGAUUCCCAUGUUGA